GAUAACGCAUCUGUCACACACAGUUCUCCUCCUAUGUGUGUGUGCGUGUGUGUGUGGACUGUGACACGUAACUUUGUCCGAUUCAUUGACGUGACCAGGCAGGACACCCCACCUGGGUCCGGAGGAGCAGACAGAAGGGAUCUUUCUGACUGUCCCGAACCUAAAUCCGGGUUUAUUUUGAACGUCUUCUAGCAUGGAGACGAGAGACGCUGUUGCAGGUGCUAUUGUGGGCACUGAUGGAGAGGAACAAACUGCAAAAAAGGAUGCAGUUCCUAAAAAAGACAAACCACAGACCAAAAGCAGGAUGGAGCAGAUCUUUGGGUUCAAGAAGGAGGACCUGACCUCCUGGCAUAGUCUGGUGGCCCUUUUGAACCGCCCUACUGAUCCCGCAUCCAUCGGCAUCUUCCGCUGCUUGUUUGGUUUGCUGAUGGUUAUCGACAUCACGCAGGAACGUGGCCUCAGUCACCUGGACUACAAGUACCUGGAUGGUGCCCCUGUGUGCCGCUUUCCCCUCUUCAAUUUCUUACAGCCGCUGCCCAUGGAUUGGAUGUACCUGGUGUAUGUGGUGAUGUUCCUCGGCUCCUUGGGCAUCAUGCUCGGCUGUUUCUACCGUCUCUCCUGCCUCAUGUUCAUUUCGACAUACUGGUACAUCUUCUUUCUGGACAAAACGGCCUGGAAUAAUCACUCUUACCUCUAUGGCCUCAUUGGAUUUCAGCUCACACUCAUGGAUGCCAACAGAUACUGGUCAGUCGAUGGAUUGCGGAGACCUUCUAUAAGAAACGCUCAUGUGCCGCUGUGGAAUUACACUCUGCUGAGGACACAGAUAUUUAUAGUGUACUUCAUUGCUGGAAUUAAAAAGCUGGAUGCUGAUUGGGUGGAGGGAUAUUCCAUGUCAUACUUGGCACACCACUGGCUUUUUGAUCCUUUCAAAGUGAUUCUCCCAGUGGAGUUAGUAAGUCUGUUGGUGGUGCACGGAGGCGGUCUUAUUCUGGAUCUCACUGCCGGCUACCUGCUGUUUUUUGAUGCCACGCGACCUUAUGCAUUUUUCUUUGUCUCCUAUUUCCACUGUAUGAACUCUCAGCUCUUCAGCAUCGGGAUGUUUUCCUACACAAUGCUGGCUACCAGCCCUCUCUUCUGUUAUCCCGACUGGCCGAGAAGAUUCUUUGCUCGUUUCCCAGCAUUCCUCAGGGUAGUCCUGCCAAUCACGUCGCCAGACGCUCAGCCCAGCACCUCCUGUGUUUACCCUGAGACCCACAGCACCCGUCCUGAACGCCAGGAGACCCCACCUGUUGCCAAACCUUCCAAACUGAGACUGAGGCACAAGUUGCGAGCCAUUUUUGCUAUCCUCUACAUAAUUGAGCAAUUCUUCCUGCCGUACUCCCACUUUAUCACAAAGGGUUACAACAACUGGACCAAUGGCUUAUACGGCUACUCGUGGGACAUGAUGGUUCACUCCCGCAGCCAUCAGCAUGUUAAGAUCACCUACAAAGAUGGAAAAACUGGAGAAAUUGGAUACCUGAACCCAGGGGUGUUCACACAAAGUCGUCGGUGGAAAGACCACGGAGACAUGCUGAAGCAGUACGCCACAUGCCUCAAUCAGUUCCUGCCUCGCUAUAAUAUCUCUGAUCCUGAAAUCUACUUUGACAUCUGGGUGUCCAUAAAUGAACGUUUCCAGCAAAGGAUCUUUGAUCCCCGUGUGGACAUUGUGAAGGCUGAUUGGUCACCGUUUCAACAAAACGCAUGGCUGAUGCCUCUUCUGGUCGACCUCUCGCCUUGGAGGACCAAGUUCCAAGAGAUUGAGGGCAGUUUGGACAAUCAGACUGAGAUCGUCUUUAUUGCUGAUUUCCCAGGUCUCCACUUAGAAAACUUUGUGAGUGAAGAUCUGGGCAACACCAGCAUCCAUGUGUUGCAGGGUCAGGUGAAAGUUGAGGUAGUGGAGGAGAAAAAGAACUACACUCUGCAGCCUGGGGAGCAGAUAAAGGUACCUGCUGGGGCCUACCAUAAGGUCUACACGGUGUCUGAAAACCCCUCUUGCUACAUGUACGUCUACGUCAACACUACAGAGGCGGUGCUACUGCAGAACUUCACCAAACUGUAUGAGCUGCAGGAGCGUGUUCGCAAUGGGACAGAAACUGAGCCUCUUCCUCCUGAGCUGCAGCCUAUUAUUGCUGCAGACGAUGAUGAAGCAGCGGAGGUCAACGCCACUGACCCGGUUGUGCGGCUGUUCCUGAAGAGGCAGCGCCGCAUGAAGGAAGUGAAGAAACGCAGGGAGGCAGGCGUACUGGAGCGACUGGAACGCUUUGCUGUGAAAAAGUACUACACGAUACGGAGGGGAUUCUUGAUGACAGCCAUUGCAAUGCGAAACCUGGCUGUGGGUCUGCCUCCGCUGGAGCAGCUGACAAGGGAAGUUGCCUUCGCCAACAUGAAAGAACCUCAGACGGAAGCCAACCAGGACGAGCGGCUCAAAGAUGAAGUCGGCCACGGAGAACUUUAAAGCUGUUGCUGGGACCAAAGAUGCCGUUACUGUCGCCUCCAAGUGCUGCAUCACACAUUCCAGAUGUGUGUGUGUGUGUGUGUGUGUUAUUACUACUGGACUGUUACUACACGGGGACAUUGCUACCCAGUAAUCAAAGGAUUUUUUAAUUUUUUAUGCAUCUGAAAUGUUUGGCACUUCAGAUUAUUUCCAAAUGCAAAGUCAGUAUUUUGUUAUAGUUUUUUUUUUAAAUUUGAAUUUAUGCAGAGGACACAUUUAUCAUAGUGGCAGCAAAACCAGAAUACUGUAUAUUAACAAGUGCACUGCUUCACUGUGCAAGAUUACAUUUCCUGUUCAAUUUUGCCUCAGAGUUUUAUAAUUGCAAUGAUGGCUGGGUGACAUCACUACACAGCAAUAUUUAACUUUAACAGUAAAAUAAAAAUCCAUCAAAAAUGAAAGAUUUUAAAGUCUGCAUUAUAGAACAAAGGACUGUAUUUUAAAUGUUAAGCCAUGAGGCAUUAAUGCAGUUUGUUUGGUGAGACAAGGUGAAAACAUGACUUAAUGAUGAAUUGUUUGUUUUUAUGGGGCCAGAUUUUAGUGACAAUACUGACAUGAACAGGAUCCGGUUGGUUGGUCGAUGACGACUCCUUCUGUUGGUAAAUUCUCAGUUAAUUGCUCGGCUUUAAUUCUCAAUAAUUGUGGCUCAGCAGUAGAAGCAGAUUUAUAAAUAUCCAGUAUAUGAGGAGGUAUACUCUGCUUUCAAAGAGUUUUCUGUUCUGUGCUUUUAUGCCCUAUAAUGUGAGAAAAACUGACAGCUUGUCAAUCGACGGCUUUUUGUCAUUUUUAUAAUAAAGAACUUGUGUUAAUGAACUUGAUAAAAUCAA